UUCUUCUGUGAAAUGUCAUGCUGUUUGUUGAUUUUAUAUAUUACAAAUUGUUUCAUAAUUUACAAUAGCUAGCUAAAUACUUAACUUAUAUAUUUGGAUAUUGGUCAUAUGCAAUUUGAAUUAAUAAGGAAAAUAUUGACACCUCUUCUUCUGCUUCUUAAAGAACAAAGAUAAGAUGUAUAACUUAACAAUGAUCAUUCUGAAUUUGGUAAUCUUGAUGGAGAACAAACUAGAGGAUUUUAUUGACUGUUUGAUUAGAAGAUGUUUCUCUCCAUUUCACUAUUUUUGUCAUUAUGUUGUGCAGAUGUUUUGUCACAUUAUUAUGCAUCUAAUCAAUGAUUCAUUCAGCUGAACUGUCUUAUCACUUAUGCUCUAUUACUGGAAAUUUCUAUUAGAGAAUUGUCUUUCUUUGCCUAAUUUGUGCCACUUCCAAUAUAUGUGGUAUGGAAUGUAAAAUAGCAAGGAUCUGGUUUGAGUGCCACCUGAGCUUGCAGGCUUCUUUGCUUGCUUGAGUCAUAUGUUGUUUGCUUGUUUUGGGCCAUUGCCUACUCUGAAUUGCAUAAUAGUUCUGGCUGAAAGUGACAAAGAUAUGCUCUUACCAUGUGUCUGAUCGGUUUGUUAUGUGUCUGAUCCAUUUGCUGGCAUUAUCUUGUCCAAGUGAAGGAUAAGUCUUGUGCCUUUCCUAGUCCCAUUUAUGUAUUGGUCUCAUGUGGAGUUGUUCCUCUAAAAACUUCAGAUUUAUGUGGUUUGGGUGACUGGUCUAAGAUGCUGAAAUCGAGAUGCAUAAAUGUGCUUGAAUACAAGAUGUUACUGCAAAGUCCGUGCUUGAAUACAAAAUGUUUCUGCAAGCAUAUGCAUAAACAAAAAAAGCUCAUAAACUCAAACUAUGAUACUGCUAUUGCUCACUAUGUAUCUUUUUUCCAUAGUGUUUUUAAUGUCUUAAUCUAUCUGUUUUCAAACUUCAAAGUAAUGUGAUUGAUUUACAACUUUUACAGAGUUGAAGAAGAAUUGAGCUUAUAUUUGAAGGCCAUGAAUCUCCACAGAAAUACUUCAAUAAGUUAAGGAGAAAAUCUUCUCCUGUUCAUAUUACAUCGACUAUGGAUUCACAAGACCUAUAUUCAUUGAAGUGCAGCUCAUCACCAGCUGUUCUCCCCCACUGCAUACAACCAAAACCGCCCAAUUCCCUUACACAAACUCCUUCGCCAAAAGACAAGUUAUAUGCAAAACAUUUGUCUAAUGAAUCUGAUAGCUCUUGUAUCCAAAAUCCUAAAAGCACGUAUGCUCCAUCUUCUAUGUUCUGUACUAGUUUACAUUUUUCAUCUUCAACAAACCCUGAGACUUCAUGCUAUCUUGGAAACCAACCUUUCCUACCAAAUCCCCCGAACUCCAACCGGUACCCUCAUGCUGUUAAUUCACCAAAGUCUUCAUUGCCUUCAGGUGGAGGUGUAAAUGGUAGAUGUGGGAAAGAGACAUCAUUUGACUUGAUGAAGGGAUUCGAAUACAUUAUUCCUGGACAAUGUUCUGAUGGUAUUUUCUGGGGCGAGAAUUAUGCAAGUGACAGUUUAACAUUAUCACAGCAGUUGGAAUUACAAAAUUUUUCUGAAGAGCUCAACAUAGCUAUAAAUGAUACCAGUGACAACCCUAGGCUUGCUGAAAUAUAUGCAUCACCACAAAUUUCACAAAUUGCGAUCACAGACUUGCAAAACAGCAAGAAUGAUUGUCCUUCAGUCAUGCAUAUGAAUGACCAGAGUAAUUCAAAACAAGAAUUUCCAGAGGCUACAGUGGCACAUAAGGCAAGAAUAAGAUGGACAUCAGAGCUCCAUGAGCAUUUCUUAGAUGCAGUCGACAAACUUGGUGGCCCUGAGAAUGCUACUCCAAAGAGCAUAUCGAAGCUCAUGAAUGUUGAAGGUUUAAACAUCUACCAUAUCAAGAGCCACUUGCAGAAAUACCGACUUGCCAAGAAUGUGCCAGAGUUGAAACAUGAUGGAGAGACUUCCAGCUUUGAACAAAAGAAGUCAGCUUCAACCAACAAUGAUAAUGAAGAAUGUAUAACAAGAAACAUGUCAAUUACAGAGGCUUUGCGUAUGCAAAUUGAAGUUCAAAGGCAGCUCCAUGAACAGCUCAAGGUACAAAAGUCUCUUCAAGUACUCAUAGAGCAGCAUGGAGAGUACCUGAAGAAACUUUUGGAAGAGCAAGAGAAAGUUGGGGCUCCCUUAAUUCCUGCCAGUGCCUCCCCGCCAAGACAAGCAGAGUCUAAAACAGACAGUUCUUUGUCUUCACUGUCAAAGCAUAAACCCUCCGACUCCGAUUCUAUUGAAUCUGAACAGUUAAGUGGUCAAAAGCGGCCUCGACAAUAAAAAGCCCAAAAAAGGCUUCAUCAACACCAUAGUUGAUAGUAAUGCAGGAAAAAAAAAGUAAACCACUUCAACCAGUAGGGUUGGAGGGUCUUUUCAUGUAUAUAUAUUAUGCACAAAUUGUACCAAAAUUUUUAUUUAAAAAAAAAUUAAACAGUUAUUUAGAUAAGCAGAAAUGAGAAGGAAAAAAGAAUGUAUGAAAUUUAUUUCCUUCAAUUGAGAUUCUCGAUCAAUCUAAGUGAAAGUUGUAAAAUUGAUUGACUGCUAUGUAAAAGGCUGCAUUCUUUAUAAAACAAUAGAAUACUUCUCUUU